GGAGAAAUGAAAAAAAUAAAAAGAAAAGCGAAAGAUUAGAGAUUCACAGCCUCUUUUCUUAAAUAUCCCCGCCCGUCUUUCCUCUUUCCGUCGAUCUUCUCCGGGGAUCCGAUCGCUUUCUCAGCAAGAUUCAUCUUUAGACGUACAAAUACAGAUAGAAGCUCUGUUCAGAUGGCGCUUUACUUCGUUUGAAACUUGAUAAUCCUUAUCUUGUGAUCUGGAGUAGUUUUGGAUUUUGGAACUUGGAGUUAUCAUCAUGUCAAUGAAUCAGCGUGCCACAAUCGACUUAGAACAGGGAUGGGAAUUCAUGCAGCAUGGCAUAACAAAGCUGAAGAAUAUUCUCGAAGGGCUGCCGGAACCACAAUUCAGCUCUGAGGAAUAUAUGAUGCUAUACACAACAAUUUACAAUAUGUGCACACAAAAACCACCCCAUGACUAUUCACAGCAGUUGUAUAACAAAUACAAAGAGGCAUUUGAGGAAUACAUCACAUCAACGGUGCUGCCUUCUUUGAGAGAGAAACAUGAUGAGUUUAUGUUAAGAGAGUUGGUGAAAAGGUGGUUAAACCAUAAAAUCAUGGUGAGAUGGUUGUCGAGGUUCUUCUUUUACCUGGAUCGUUAUUUCAUUACUCGGAGAUCCCUACCAGGUCUCAAUGAAGUUGGAUUAGCAUGCUUCCGUGAUCUGGUUUAUGUAGAGUUGAAUGGCAAAGUAAGAGAUGCUGUUAUAUCUCUGAUUGAUCAAGAGCGUGAGGGUGAGCAGAUCGAUAGAGCAUUAUUGAAGAAUGUGCUAGACAUAUUUGUUGAAAUUGGAAUGGGACAAAUGGAUUAUUAUGAGAAUGACUUUGAAGCAACUAUGCUCAAGGAUUCUGCAGCCUAUUAUUCUCGAAAGGCCUCUAGCUGGAUCUUAGAUGAUUCAUGUCCGGAUUAUAUGUUGAAAGCCGAAGAAUGCUUGAAACGCGAGAAGGAUAGGGUCUCUCAUUAUCUACACUCAAGUAGCGAGACAAAGUUGCUUGAGCAAGUCCAACAUGAGUUGUUGGCUGUGUAUGCCACCCAACUGCUUGAGAAGGAGCACUCUGGAUGUCAUGCAUUACUCAGAGAUGACAAGGUGGAGGAUUUGUCAAGGAUGUAUAGGCUUUUCUCGAAAAUACCUCGAGGGUUAGAACCUGUUGCUAAUACUUUUAAGCAGCAUAUAACUGCUGAAGGCAUGACUCUAGUUAAACAAGCUGAAGAUGCUGCAAGCCAUAGAAAGGNAUGAUGAGUCUUGGGCACUAAAGCAGGC